UCUCUACCAACCUCCUCCACACUCCACAGAUCUGACCCUGACCCGGCCUCUCUCUCUCUUUCUCUCUCACCACCCCACUGGCACUGGGUCAGCGUCUGAGGUUACCUACCCCCAUCUCUCCAUCCUCCCACUAACGCCGUUAUCCAUCUCCAUCCCAUUCCCACUACUUCUUCUCUUCCUUCUCAGCUCUCUCUCUCUCUCUCUCUCCAAAAAGUAAAAGUCCACCGGUACGGUAGCCACCACCACGAGCCUCCGUCUCACCUAACGUCCUCCACUCAUGCCAGCAGAUCCCUCCCCUUUUCUCUAUUAUAUAAAACCCCCCCCACCAUCCCCCCAAUCCCCCAACCAAACACCUACCAACCCCCAAUUUCCCCCAAUCAAUUUCCUUCCGCCAUGGAUCUCCUCCUCCUGGAGAAGACUCUCCUCGCCCUCUUCUCCGCCGUCGUGGUCGCCAUUGUAAUCUCCAAGCUCCGCGGCAAGCGAUUCAAGCUCCCUCCCGGCCCCAUACCUGUUCCAAUCCUCGGUAAUUGGCUCCAGGUCGGCGAUGACCUCAACCACCGCAACCUCACCGACUACGCCAAGAGAUUCGGCGAAAUCUUCCUCCUCCGUAUGGGCCAGCGAAACGUCGUCGUCGUCUCCUCCCCGGACCUCGCCAAGGAGGUCCUCCACACCCAGGGCGUCGAGUUCGGAUCCCGCACCCGCAACGUCGUCUUCGACAUCUUCACCGGCAAGGGCCAGGACAUGGUCUUCACCGUCUACGGCGAGCACUGGCGCAAGAUGCGCCGCAUCAUGACCGUCCCUUUCUUCACCAACAAGGUCGUCCAGCACAACCGCCAGGGCUGGGAGAACGAGGCCGCCGCCGUCGUCGAGGACGUCAAGAAGAAUCCCGAGGCGGCCACCACCGGAAUCGUGCUCCGCCGCCGCCUGCAGCUGAUGAUGUACAACAACAUGUUCCGGAUCAUGUUUGACCGGCGGUUCGAGUCGGAGCAGGAUCCGUUGUUCAACAAGCUCAAGGCGUUGAACGGGGAGCGGAGUCGGUUGGCUCAGAGCUUUGACUAUAACUAUGGCGAUUUCAUCCCCAUCCUCAGGCCUUUCCUGAGGGGCUACUUGAAGGUCUGUCAGCAAGUGAAGGAGAAGAGGCUGAAGCUGUUCAAGGAUUACUUCAUUGAGGAGAGGAAGACAUUGAUGGGCACGAAGCAGACGACGAACGACGGGCUGAAGUGCGCGAUGGACCACAUUUUGGAAGCACAGCAGAAGGGAGAGAUCAAUGAAGACAAUGUCCUCUACAUCGUCGAGAAUAUCAACGUCGCCGCCAUCGAAACUACAUUGUGGUCGAUCGAGUGGGGAAUCGCGGAGCUGGUGAACCAUCCACACAUCCAGCAGAAGCUGAGGGAGGAGCUGGACACCGUUUUGGGAGCAGGCCACCAGAUCACAGAGCCCGACAUCCAGAAGCUGCCUUACCUCCAGGCCGUCGUCAAGGAGACCCUCCGCCUCAGAAUGGCCAUCCCUCUCCUCGUCCCCCACAUGAACCUCCACGACGCCAAGCUCGGCGGCUUCGACAUCCCCGCCGAGAGCAAGAUCCUGGUCAACGCCUGGUGGCUGGCCAACAACCCGGCCCACUGGAAGAACCCCGAGGAGUUCCGGCCCGAGAGGUUCCUGGAGGAGGAGGCCAAGGUCGAGGCCAACGGCAACGACUUCAGGUUCCUGCCCUUCGGCGUAGGGAGGAGGAGCUGCCCUGGUAUCAUCCUCGCCCUCCCCAUCUUGGGGAUCACCAUUGGCCGUCUGGUGCAGAACUUUGAGCUCUUGCCUCCACCUGGACUGUCCAAGCUCGACACUUCCGAGAAGGCCGGGCAGUUUAGCUUGCACAUCGCCAAGCACUCCACCAUUGUUGCCAAGCCCAGGUCUGUUUAGUGGUGGUGAAAAGAGUUGUUCAAUUUGUAAUGAUACGCUGUUGUGUUGUUGUGAUGAUGAGGUCGGAAAGGAGAUUGGGCAAUUUGUUUCACUUUCUUGAUGUUAUAUCGGAUUCAAUUGGAUUUACUAUAACGUUUAUGUAUCAUGUGAUGUACCGUGUAACCAUUCUGAUGAUAGGUCACACUUUAAUCAAUGUAAAUCCACCAUCUUCGAAUAUUUGAGCUUUUUCUUUUUAUGACACAUGUAUAUGGGGAAUUCGAGAGUAGGGAGUAGGGGUCCAGAUCUUGUCAGUAACUCUAACUGAUGGGUUACUAACCCAUCAGUAACCCCUUCCCUGGUCCCCACAUGUCAGUCACUUUUUUAUUUAAAUUGAAUGUGAAAAGGGUAGUACGGUAAAAUUGCAUUUACUCCUAUUUAUUAUUGAUGCUCACUUUUGACCGGACCCUAUCAGCCCCUCCUUCUCUCUCCUGGCAAAACAUUUAAUUUUCCUUCCCUUAAUCUUUAACGGACGAUU